AAAUGAGUGAUGUCGGUUGUUGUGCGGCUGUGUAGUUAUUCCCUUAGGAUUUUAUAUGAUUUUGCCCUUGUUCUUGUUGUCAUAGCUAUUCAGACAAAACUUGAAACGCAUAAUGUUAUCCCAUACACAAAAACGAGUUUUGAAAUACGUCGAGGCAGGUAGUUUCUUGAAGCUGAAGUCAUAUUUGCGGAAGCAUAAAGACGUCGAUGUUAAUUUCUCUCAAGGCAAAAAAGAGAGAACACCGUUGCAUGUGUCUUGUUCGCGGGGGGACGACUUGGUCCUGCGGCUCUUACUGAAGCAUGGGGCUGAAGUCCUUCGUAAGGACCGUAAAGGAGACACAGUAUUACAUAUAGCGGCCAACAGAGCGCUUAAACAUGGACGAACAGCUUAUGAGGACCUUGUUAUCCCUCUGCGGAACAGCUGCCCUGAAGCGAUGCAAGCACCGAACUCUGCUGGCGUCACACCGGAGGACCUCCUGCAGUGGAUGAAAGAUGACCAGCCCAGGCCCAGCAAGAGCCAGCAGCCUGUGGCUGACCCGGAGAAGGAGUGGAGAGAGAAGCUCUUUGGAGAAUGUGAAAACGACUUCUAUGAAAGCUUUGGCGUAUAUGAAGCCGAUAACCUGGCCCUCGACGACGAAGAGGAGGACUUCGGAGACUGGGCCGACCAAAUCAGGAACGAGUAUUUCGAGAAAAAGAACGCAGAGGCUCAGAGGCUAGCCGCCUCGGGCUCCAGCCGGAAGAGGGGGAAGAGCAGCAAGGAGAAGGAGGAAGAGGAGCAAGCCUACAAGGCGCUGCACGAGAAGCUGCAGAAGGAGCACGAGGAGUACCUGGCCCGGGCCAAGCGCAAGGAGGAGGAGACCCGCCUGGCCAAGAAGCGCCGCUACGACAAGAAGUGCGAGGAGACCUUCAAGAGCGGGGCUGGGGCCAGCGCCACCGCCACCGCCCGGACCCCCAGUGCUAAGCUGGGCUACGGGGACAUCCCCUGGCCGGCCCCCCGAGGCACGGUGGCGGACAUGCUGGAGGUGAUGCUGACCGGGGCCGACCGCACGGACCUGCCCACCUUCCGGAAGCUGCUGAAGAGGCAGCAGACGCUGUGGCACCCGGACAGGUUCGCCCAGCGGUGCGGCUCGCGGCUGCAGGAGACGGACCGGAAGAAGAUCCUGGACACGGUCACGGCUCUCUCGCAGGAGCUCAACAGACUGGCGCAGACUCUGAGGGACUAGGGGGAACGAGGAAGGGGAAGGAGGUCAGACGAGAUCGUGCCAUAGAAGAGGGAGACGCAAGAUUCACCUGCGUCCCUGAAGACAGAAAAAAUGGUCAGAGAGCAUUUGGAACGUGGCAAUUAUUUUUUGACUUGUUGUCAUGAUUCAUCAUUCUUUCAAUCUUGAAUUAAAAAAUACUACCUCUGUUCCAUUUCUUUAAAAGUAUUGUGAUAUACAAUUUUAAGUUAAAAUGAUUUGGUUAACCAUUUUUAAAUGUCAAAUUUGUGUAGAUAUUUCCUUCAGCUGGACAGUUUCAGUGCAUUGAAAUGCAUUUGCACAACGUGUCGUAUUUGUAGAUUUUUUACCAUAAAAUAACAAUGUCUUCUAAUUGUGACUGCAUAUAUUAUAAGAAUACAUGGUUUAGACACUAUUGCAAACAUGCUUUUUUUUUAUACAGUUCGAUUGGAAGAGAUGAAUCGCCACAAAAAACAGCCGCUAGUCCUGAAAAAGCGAUGCGCAGGUUGCCAGAUUUUUGAAUAUCCCUCUUUGUAUCGUCCGCACACUACAUGAUGUGGUUUGUUUAUGUGGGUAGCGCUACCGAAAUUGCAUGGCAACAGUA